AGGAUGUCAAUGAAACUGCCAAGGCUAAGUUCAACAAUGGGAAGUAUUUCCACAAGCCAUUAAACAAAAUGUCUUCACUGCCAUCCAACUUCACCUUCCGAGGGCAGAAGGAAGUGGUUGAUGCGUCUCGAAAGGAGCACAAUACUCCCCCAUCUUCCCCUGGAACUACAGACAAGCAAGGAGAGGCAGCAUACACCAUCCCAAGUAUAAACAUUAAUGGGAUGGGCUAUGAAGGAGAGGGGGAACCCUCGACUCCACAACUGCCUCCAUUCUCCCAUGAAUCUGACCUUUACAAUCCCAACGUGAAGAAACCAUCACCUGAUGAACCUGAGAACAAGGUUGCUAUCACAGAUCUUCGUCAGGUUCCACCGGAGCAGCACCAUGGGGGGGCAAGACCUAGGUCAAGCCCUCCUUCACAAGAACAUGUAGAAAAAGAGGAUGAAAAGGUGGCAACUAGUGCAGCACCUUUAGCAGAAACAUGGGAAGGAGAUGAUGAAAUUAGUGGAAGUGAGAGUAUUGGGCUGGGACCUAAUUCACCAAAGCUUCCAGAACCUGGGAGUCCUUCAACACAGCAGGCUAUGAGGCAGUCUCGUUGGUACAACUGCCGAAGGGUAAGUAAUGGGGGUGGCCGCAAGGUGAGCUUGGAUGACUCUCUCACUCAGUCACUGAUGGCCAGCUUUGAUGUGCCAGAACUUGGAGGACAUUUAGAUAUGGAUUCUACUUCAUGCUCAGUGUGCUCUAGUGAAGAAGCAUCAGCUAAUUCCCACCGGUCAUCAGGGCCUUCUCCAUUGGCAACUACAACAUCUGGACCUUCCACAGCAUUGGAUAAUACACAAGUUCUGAGUCCCUUUCCACAAGUACUUCCACCACCACCAAAAGUUUUUGCUGAUGAUGAUGAUGAUGAUGCUACAUUGGCAUCAAGUACAGACUCUUUUACACUGGAGGGCUGUCCACCUGACUUGCCUUCACCUGAUGCUUCCUCUGGUGAUGAUGCUGGAGGUCUUUCCAAAACUAUAUCACCACAUUCUUCUCCCUCUCCCAUUUAUCUUCUCCUCUAA